CAAUCUCAUCCCACCUGUAUAUUUUCUGCAGCUCCAAAAUCCAUCCUCAAAACUCUCACAAGACUCAAUUUUAACGGCCUUAAACCCCUUAAAACCCCUUUCAAAUUCACUUUCCAUUCACCCCAAACAACCAGAAAGCAGCAGCCCACAAGACUAAUUGCUGUUGCUGAAGAAGAAACUGAAACAGCCUCAGUUGCCACAGCUGCAGACCUUUCUUCUGAGGCUGCAAGAAGGCUUUAUGUUGGGAAUAUUCCUCGGACUGUCACCAAUGACGAGCAUGAAAAGAUUCUUGAAGAACAUGGUGGUGUUGAGAAUGCUGAGGUGAUGUAUGACAAGUGGUUUGGAAGGAGCCGGCAAUUUGCAUUUGUGACAAUGAAGACUGUUGAGGAUGCAAAUGCAGCUCUUGAAAAGCUAAAUGAAACAGAGACUGGUGGGCCUAAAAUCAAAGUAAAUAUUACUGAAAAGCCGUUGCAAACUUUGGAUUUAUCUCUUCUUCAAGCCGAAGAGUCCCAGUUCAUUGACAGUCCACACAAAGUUUAUGUGGGUAAUCUUGCAAAGGAUGUAACCACAGAUAAAUUAAAAAACUUAUUUGCUGAGAAGGGUAAGGUACUUAGUGCUAAAGUAUCACAGGUUCCAGGGACUUCUAAGUCCAGUGGUUAUGGAUUUGUUACAUUCUCUUCAGAAGAGGAAGUUGGAAGCCGCCAUUUCAUCUUCCAUUCUCUUCAGAAGAGGAAGUAGAAGUCGCCAUUUCAUCUCUGAAUAAUGAGGACCAUGUGAAGCUGUUGACUUAAUUCGUGGAUGACUUAACACCUAGAAGUAGAAGACAGUAAGGAAUGAAACUAGCCAUCAGUCCAGUGCUGUUGGCUACAGUAUUGGGGCUCAAGCCCAUGGAGAAAGAGUAGGGACUUGAUAGCUCAUUGACGUAGAUGAUGGUAAUUUUUGUUGAUCCUUCUCCCAGCAACCAGGGAGGAUUGAAUGAAAAACCUGGCAGAGAUAGUACCAUUCAGGAGCACCCAGAUAUUGAAAUCAUGCGUGAUGCUGUACAUGACUUUCCAAUGGAAGACGCUCCUAUAUGGCCAGAUCAAGGCUAUGACGUGGAACCUGACAGAGUGUUGGAGGAGCAGAUCAUGAAACAUAUUGAAGCCAGCAGUCCAGUUGUUGAGGAAAUAUUGGUUUCUGGAGAUCCUUCUAUACCAUUACCUCAAGCUGAAGAACCACAAUCUGUUGCUUCAGAGAAGGCCCAUGAAAAUUUUAAUCUAGGCAUUCCUUUUGGGUAUGCAUCACCUGGACUAGCAAUUGGAUCAACACCUCCAGUUGAGCAGCCAAGAGCUAAGCAGAGACAAAAGGAGGGGAUUUUUAUGACGAACAAACUGUACUGACUAACAAGUCUUAAGACUCCAGUGAUUUGCUAAGGUAAAAAAAGGAAUUUUCAUUCUUCUAAUUUGGACAUGUGGAAGUCACAGACGAGAUUGAAAAAGGACACAAUCUUUCUUGAGCCUUUAAUAACCGGAUUAUCUGCCAACCUGGUUAGCAUUUACAAGAAAGAAGUUAUUUCUUCGAAAUGUCAUUUAGUUGGCUCAGGGGAACCUCAUCUCCAAACUAGAGAGCACAAACACUGACACCUGGAGGUGACAACGAAAUGGAAAUUGAAAAUCUUCGCAACUAUGAAGGUCCUUCCGGUGGCAAUGUGAUGUUCAAUAUCUUGCCUUCCCCUAAUAGAUUUGUUUCUUCUCUUAUGACGUCCAUGGCUUCUCCAAUCAAAAGAGACGAAUCCACUCCGGCCUCUACAAAUUUUGGUUCAGAGCAGGAUUGGUUAGAAACACCUAUUGGCACUGAUGUACUGACUACCCCAGAUUUAGCAGCAUCUAGUGAACUCUUUGGAUCUGAUGUGGAAACUCCAGCAACUCUUUUAGGCAGGGCGCUAGAAGUGGAGAAUACUGUUCUUUCUGACAUCCAUGAGAUGUUAAAUUCUGGCAGGGACUUGAGCUUCCUAGAACAAGAUGAAAAAAUUACGUGGUGGUAAGCUGAAAAUUUUCCCUCUUCUUGUGAACUUGUGAUGCUAGUAUCUAGUAGUUUUAAGAAUCGUGUUAUUUGCACUGCUAUUCCUUCUGGAAACCUUUUUUUUUUCAUUGAUAUUUUCCUUGUGGUCAUUUGUACAUUGCUUUGAAGGUGACUUCGAAACUCAUAAAGGAAAAUUUUCUGAGCUAAUUGUGCCUGGCUGACGUUCAUCCACAGGUAACAAAUUUGGCAAUCCUUCUGACUAUAGGGUUAAUGUAGAAUUAUUCAGAUGCAUCCUUGUAAGUUCAAUUUCUUCCUCAUCAUUUUUUUUCUUUUUUUUCCCUUUUAAUUAUAAAUUUUGGCUGUUCAGAGCCAGUUGAUUAUAUUCACUAUGCUUCGAAUUAUUUUACUAAAGUUCAUUUUCAUGGGUUUGAAUACUUAAAAUUGUGAUACAAGGUUUCAAACUGCAUGAGGUGAACAAAUUGAAUGAAUUUUAAAAUUCAACCAGAUUAGCUUUUUUAUUGCAAUAUUGAAGUAAAAUCAUUUGACUCUUCUAUGUUAGAAUUAGAAUGAUGGUUAAGGAUGAUCGGAGUACCUUUUAUGAUGUGUUGAUUUUGGUGCAUCAGUAUACAGUUGUGUUUCAUGAAGGCCUAUGACUAUUAGUGGAUUCGGAUUUAGGUCAGAGGCACACAGGAAGAACCUUUUUCUUUUCUACUCUCCACUCUUUUUUGUCUACUGUUGAUGAUAUUGCAUAUUGACCAUUUCUUUGCGCUGUACCAACAUUUGAAAAUUUAAGUUUACUGGUUACGAUUUAAUUGGUGCAACUAAUGUUCCUUAAUUUGCAGUAAACAAUUGGACACCACUGCUGUAUAACGUUUCAGUCCAGGUCAUUAACUGUGCUCCCACCCAUCCUCCCUCCUAGCAAGAAAAGAUACGAAAAAGAGAAGCAAUGAGUACACUGGUUGCUGCCAACAUCAUUUUAGACUUAAAAUAGAUAUUGGAUUGUCUCAAGCUGAUGAAGCACAUUCCUGUGAACUUAAUGAAGAGUUUGAUACAUCUUGGCAUGCAGCAGAUGUGCAGAGGAAAUGAGAUGCAAUCGGUUGAGUACUGCCAGUCCGAGGGUGAGGAUGGUUGCCGCAACUUGGCAUCUGAAGGAGAGCUUGUAUGGGCUGCUUGGCUUGCAACAUUUUAUGGCUCUACUAUUCUAAGAUAUUAGCUUCUUGCCUUUGCUGUGUAUAUUGUCAAUAAGUUUUGUCCGAGGGAUGACUGCUCGUUAUUAGGACAAAUUUUUGUAUAUAUAGUUAAUUAUGAGAAAUUGUGUCUGGUAUGGGAAAUCCUGUGACGGCUUCCAAAAUUUCAGAAAUUCAGAUUCUGGCAAUUACACAGCCAACCUCCUUUGAUUACCUCAUAUUUUACCCCUUGAAGUUGUAGGAUUCCAAUCUGAGAUGUUACUUUUAAUUUUCUCGAGU